GGAAGAAACCAUAACAGCUAAACCUUACCCCACUUUGCACCACAAAAAAGAAAGUCUUCCUCAAUUUGCUGUGAAAUCUAUGAAGGAUUAUGAAAAAUUCUCCUAUAAACUCUAAACUUGAACAACAUCAUCAACACUAUGAGUUUGAUCCUCACUCAGAUUUUGAACAGUUCUUGGCAGAAGGAAGAAAUCAUGCAAGGAGGGUGACAUUGGGUGUCACUUCACAUCUUCAAGAGUCAUCGAGGCUUCGGAAGACUGUGUCGGGACCCAUCACAAAUCUUUUCUCCGGCGAGGACAAAGACGCGAAGGAGAUUGUCCCAUAUAUAUGCCUUGGAAAGAUGAACACUCCCAAGACCCCUUAUGCCCACUUCUUGAUCGGCGGCGCUGAGGAUGUCUGGGCGGCGGCGGAGGCGGAACCCUUCGGCGGUGUAAAGGUGGAGCAAGAAUAUACAGGCCACCACUGAGAAGAGACAGAUGGCUGCCACCAAGAACAUGAUUCUUCUUGUUGGCUAAGAUUGAAUCGCUAAAAAGAUUGAAUUUUUUACUCGUUUCAAAUGCAGAAAGAUCUUUGAAAACACGAAAUAAGAAAAAUUGGGGGGAAAAAAACCAAAAUUCAGAAAUGUGUUUCUUGGAUUUAUAUAGUAUCAGAAGAAAUCAAGGUUAUAAUU